GUAGGUCCGUGGGCCUGAGGGGUUGAUGUCUGGGACCCCAUAAAACAUGACUCCUCGAAAACAAAGGCAUGUCCAGUCUUUCGCAUUUGUAGUCACUGCUGAGCGUACUAUAUAGGUAACAUUUCUGCCGACUGAGCCGGCAAUUAUCAGACAUAAAAUCAAGGCAGAACAAACAUCUACUAAACGUCUAAACACCAUUAAACAAUUCAGACGUUUGUUUUGUGACAAAAUGGAUGAUAACCGACAUUAUAACAAUCCGUUUGAAGAUUAUCCCAAUCCUUCCGCAAAUUCCAUUGUGAAUGCUUCUACAAAUGAGGUUAAUGAAAAUUAUAAAGAAACCCUACGAAUGCAUACAAAAAGAUUGUUGGACGAAUUGAAAGAAAAGAGGCAUAAUUGGACGUACAAUGAUGAUUGUUCUGUAUACACUGGAACAGCAGGGAUUGCAUACAUGUAUUAUCAAUAUGGGAAAUGCUUCAAUCAACCUGCUUAUAUUGAACAAGCUACAGAAUGGUUAAGAAUAUGUGUAAGUAAAUUCAGAGGAAGAAGGGAAGUUACAUUCUUAACUGGUAGUGUUGGUCCGCAAGCUUUAAGUGCAGUAGUUCUUCAUUCUCAAGGCCAUAGAGAAGAAGCACUUAAUAUGAUUUCAAAAGUGAAAUCAGUAUCUGCUUAUGUUCUGGACGAAUGUAGCGAUUUGCCUGAUGAAUUACUUUAUGGAAGGGCUGGAUACUUAUUCUGUCUUCUAUUUUUAAAUUCAAAUAUAUCUCCCCCUCCUAUAGAAGAUGAGCUUAUUAAACAGGUUAUUGCACUCAUAAUUAAAUCUGGAAAUGUAUAUUCUGCUUCAAGAAAAUAUAAGACACCUCUCAUGUAUGCCUGGCAUGAUUCAGAGUACCUUGGUGGUGCCCAUGGUUUGGGUGGAAUACUAUAUAUGCUCUUACAGGCACGGCAGUAUUUAACACAGAGUCAAUUGACAAGAGACAUAAAACCGGCAUUGGAUUUUCUUCAGAGUUUACGGUAUCCUUCUGGAAAUUGUCCAUCUUCCAUUGGGAGUCGUACUGAUAAAUUGGUGCAUUGGUGUCAUGGAGCGCCUGGAAUGAUUAUGUUAUUUACUUUGGCUUAUGAGAUAUAUCAGGAUGAGCAGUAUUUAAAUACUGCUUUACAAUGCGGAGAAGUAGUUUGGGCAAGAGGUUUGCUUAAAAAAGGGUGUGGAAUAUGUCAUGGAGCAGCUGGAAAUGCAUAUACAUUCUUGACCCUCUUCCAAAAGACUAAGGAUGUGAAACAUCUAUAUAGGGCUUGUAGGUUUGCAGAGUGGUGUACGGAUUAUAAAGCACAUCAGACUAGGAUUCCUGAUAGACCAUAUUCAUUGUUUGAAGGUCUUGCCGGUACUAUUUAUUUCUUGAUCGAUUUACAACAUCCACAUUUGGCAAAAUUUCCAGCAUAUACUAUUUAAAAUAAUUGCAUUUUAAUGUUUAAUUAAGAUAAAAUUAACGAAGAAUUGAAUCUAUGGUGAUGAAUAAAUUCAUUUUCCGUCUUAUA